GACCUCGUCAGGAGGCUCGACCAGCUAACAGAAUGGCGAUGAGAAGAAGAAAUAGUUUCUUUCGAAGUUUUAAAAACAUUACACCAGACUUGGAUGACUGUAUUUAUGACCGUGGGGCAUCAGCUGCAGCUCAGAACAAAUGGGUGUUUGAGAUUGCAUGGGAAGUAGCAAACAAAGUUGGAGGAAUCUACACUGUAAUAAAGUCUAAAGCCCCAUCGACAGCGGAAGAACUUGGUGAACAGUAUUGUUUGAUUGGUCCGUAUAAUGAGUCAUGUGUCCGCACGGAGGUUGAAAUUCUCGAGCCACAUAAUUAUGUUAUUCGAGAUGCGAUACAGAGCAUGAGGAAUUCAGGAAUAAAGGUAUAUUUCGGUAGAUGGUUGAUUGAUGGUUAUCCUAAAGUAAUAUUAUUUGAUAUCGGUUCAGCAGCGUGGAAAUUAGACGAGUUUAAACAUGAAUUAUGGGAGUCGUCUAGUAUUGGUAUUCCUCUCCACGAUACGGAAUCUAAUGAUGCUGUUAUAUUCGGCGCUUUAGUUACGUGGUUUUUGGGAUUGUUUGUCAAGAACACUCCCGGUGAUCCGUUGGUUAUAGGACAUUUCCAUGAAUGGUUGGCGGGAGCUGGCUUGAUUUUUACACGAACACGAAACCUCAACAUUAGUACUUUAUUUACAACACAUGCUACACUAUUAGGGCGUUACUUGUGUGCUGGCAACACAGAUUUUUACAAUAAUUUAGAUAAGUUUAAUUUAGAUAAAGAAGCUGGAGAUCGCCAGAUUUAUCAUCGUUAUUGUUUGGAACGAGCAGCUGUACAUUGUGCUCACGUUUUUACAACUGUAUCUGAAAUCACUGGUAUCGAGGCAGAACAUCUACUUAAAAGAAAACCAGAUGUUAUAACCCCUAAUGGAUUGAACGUAAUAAAGUUCAGUGCUCUUCACGAAUUCCAAAAUUUACACGCCUUGGCUAAAGAAAAAAUUAAUGAUUUUGUUCGAGGUCAUUUUUAUGGACAUUAUGAUUUUGAUCUGGAUAAGACGUUAUAUUUUUUUAGUGCGGGUCGAUACGAGUUUUCUAAUAAAGGCUGUGACAUGUUUAUAGAAUCUUUAGCUAGAUUAAAUCAUUAUUUAAAGGCAGCGGGUAGUGAUAUGACAAUAAUUGCAUUUCUGAUCUUCCCCACAAGAACAAAUAAUUUUAACGUGGAAUCUUUACGAGGUCAGGCUAUCGCUAAACAACUUAAAGAUACGGUAGCUAGUGUACAGAAUCAUAUGGGAAAACGUAUAUUUGAAGUCUGUCUACGAGGUAAAUUACCUGUAGGGGAAGAAAUAUUAACUCAAGAAGAUAUUGUUAAACUUAAAAGAUGUAUAUUCGCAGCACAGAGAGCUAGUCUACCACCUAUUUGUACCCAUAAUGUAGCAGAAGAUUGGAAAGAUCAAGUAUUAGGCGCAUUACGACGAUGUAAAUUAUUUAACGCAUCAUCAGAUAGAGUUAAAGUUAUAUUUCAUCCCGAGUUUCUGAAUUCCACCAAUCCCUUAUUUGGUUUAGAGUAUGAAGAUUUUGUGCGAGGCUGUCAUUUAGGUGUUUUUCCCUCAUAUUACGAACCUUGGGGUUACACACCAGCUGAAUGUACUGUAAUGGGUAUACCAAGUAUUACUAGUAAUCUCUCAGGUUUUGGUUGUUUUAUGCAAGAACAUAUCGCAGACCCUAAAUCAUAUGGAAUAUACAUCAUAGAUCGUAGAAAGAAAUCACCUGAUGAAUCAGUUCAUCAAUUAGCACAGUACAUGUUUGAUUUUUCAUGUUUAUCUCGACGUCAAAGAAUAAUACAGAGAAACAGAACAGAGAGACUGAGUGAACUUUUAGACUGGAAAAACUUAGCUACAUUUUAUCGUCAAGCUCGACUGAUGGCGGUGACAAUGACACAUCCAGAUCGCGUAGCCGAAGACACAGGUUCCAGUAAAAAAUUCCUGUAUCCCAGACCACCUUCUGCUCCCCCGUCACCAUCGGUAUCACGGUCGUCGACGCCUCUCCCAUCAGAUAAUGAAGGUGAUGAUGAAGCUGACGAGCAAGAAAAUGAAGAUGAAGAAGAUAUUGAUAACCAUCAUCUGUAUUACGACGAGGACGAAAAUAAGUAAAUAAAACCCGGAAAAUUUACUUAACCCUCGAAGUGCCAAUAGAGAUAUAUAAAAAAAAAACAAAAAAAACUCAAAUCAUUCACGAAACUUUGGAACAGUUAUUGUAAAAUUAAAUCUUUUGAAUUAGUGCUAUAAAAAAAUUAGAUUUAAGGGGCUCAAGCUCAAAGUAACAUUAAUUAACAUCAAUUUUCUAGAAGUCUUUUAUUGCCUUAUAGCUUUAUCACAUUUCUGUGGAAAUAGAAAUAUGCUUAGAAUUAUCUUAUCUAGUUGCCUUUUUUUUUAAUUUAAGAUUUAUAAGAUUAUCACCUUUCCAUGGAAAUAUAUAUAAAUAUGCUUAGAAUUUGUUUCCUAAGUUAAUACUGGGCUUCCUACUAAUACGUUCAUGGAUAAAGUAUUUUGAGUUAUUCAUAUGCUGGAUAAAAUAUUUUGAGUUAUUCCUACUAUAUGCAUGGAUAAAGUAUUUUGAGUUAAUCCUACUACUAGAUGCUUGAUAAAAUAUUUUGAGUUAUUCCUACUAUAUGCAUGAAUAAAGUAUUUUGAGUUAAUCCUACUACUAGAUGCUGGAUAAAAUAUUUUGAGUUAUUCCUACUAUAUGCAUGAAUAAAGUAUUUUGAGUUAAUCCUACUACUAGAUGCUUGAUAAAAUAUUUUGAGUUAUUCCUACUAUAUGCAUGGAUAAAGUAUUUUGAGUUAAUCCUACUACUAGAUGCUUGAUAAAAUAUUUUGAGUUAUUCAUACUACUAGAUGCUUGAUAAAGUAUUUUAAGUUAAUCUGGCUACAAAACGCUUGAUAAAGUAUUUUAAGUUAAUCCUACUUCUAGAUGCUUGAAAAGUAUUUUGAGUUAAUCUGGCUACUAAAUGCAUGUAUGAAGUAUUUUGAGUUAUUCCUACUAGAUGCAUGGAUAUUGUAUUUUUAGUUAAUCUUGCUACUAGAUGCAUGUAUGAAGAAGUAUUUUGAGUCAUUCUGACUACUAGAUGCACGGAUAAAAUGAUAUGGCGCUUAAAGGGUUAACGUAAAUCUUACAAUGCAGUAGUUGUUAAGAAGAAUAUGGUAAUAACAUUAAUACAUUGUAUAAUAUCUCCAAUCUUUACUUAAACAUACAUUAAAUCAAAAAAUGGAUAAUCGAGACAAUGUUUUUUAUCGUACCGACUUUAGUAAUGAUGAUCGAGGCCACGCCCAAAAUUCAAUCAAUACUUGGUUCAGCAUGGAUCAAUUUGACUGAAAUUUUCAGCAAAUUCCAUUUACAUUAUCUAGUUUUUAACUAUUAUAGUGAGAACUACCAGCUCUUUAUCUAAUCUCCCAUAAUGUAUCUUUAAGGUAAACAUUGUGCUAGAUUCUUUAAAACAAGCAAUAUACCAAUAUUAAUGAUUAUGUAAGAGCUAAAUCUGCCUAUUGGAGGUCUUUCUUUUCGCUUCAACUCUCUCGAAAAUCAGAUAGUCUUGAUUAUCAAAUACCAUAGCUACCAUAAUAAAAAGAAAGAGAGAGAGAGAAAUGGGGUUUAACGUCCACUCGUCACUCGACACAAACUAGGUCAUUUUGGGACUAACAAAUGGUUUAAUUUUAUUUCAAUAAUUCGCUUGCGCAUAGGGGUCUUUAGCAGCGGGAGGAAACCGGAGGACCCGGAGAAAACCCACGAGGUUGGACAGGCGACCCUACUCCUUGUCACAUACAACCGGGGAUUCGAAACCACGCCAGUUGACUCAAUGACAGGCCUUAUGAUACAGUGCGAACGUGCUAAUCAUUUGGCCACCUACCCCCCCCCCC